AUAGUUAGUAUUUUUCUCGCGUUGGUGUUUUGAAAAAAAUUGUGUUUCACUCGGAGGCAAAGUUUGUUUAACCCUCGUUCCUUGAGACCCUCGCAACGCUCAAGAUUUCACUUCUCGAACUACCCGCUACGCUCGUGGUAAAAUCUUGUUAAAUGUUUCGCUUGCUGAGGUAUCAAUAUUAGCAUGAGCAGUUUAACAACAACUUUGCCCCAUUGUAAAACAAAUACAUAUAUAGGUAACUAUUGCACUUACUCUGACAAAUCAUGCAAGUUCUUUUACACACAUCUUGAAAUGCGCACCUACCUGAACUUAAUAUUAACUAGAGUAAUUUUAUAAUACCUACCUAGGACAGUACUCAAUUAAUUCGAAUGGUGUCAAAUUCGUCAAGCAUGACUUGAAUUUGUUAUUUACGUUCGUUAAUUAAGUUCUAUAUAGGGAGAACACGCGUGGCCUUGCCGAAACGUACAAGUACGAGACGUACAAGUUAAAAUAAAACAUGAAAAGUUUAGUAAUAUUUUUAGUGGACAUUUUGGUUUUAAUGCGGAAAACAGGUGCCUACAACAUAGACCGUGGUGAUGAAGGUAAAAUGUAUCUGUGUUUAUAUUUCAUAAUAAUAUACUUACCUAUAGCAAUUGAAAGAUUGUAUCGGUACGAGUAACACAAAAAAUAUUUACCUAUAGGGACCGUGCGCGUUGGAGGGUCUGCCAUCUUGUGGCCUGAAUCGGAACCAUAAACAUGCACAUGUACACGUCACGUGUUUUCUUGUGCAUAGUAGGUUCUGCCAUCUUGUGGGCUACAUCGGAACAAAAAACAUCACAUUUACGCCUCGCGCCAAAAAUCUGACGGCUCCUGUGCUGCCUCCUACAGUUCAUGCACGCUCCCUAUACAAUUAGUUAAAAUGAAGUUUUAGGUAGGUAUAAUGUCACAAUUGGAGCUGGAGCCCGCAAUUUUGACAUUUGCGUCAGUAAUGCAGUCAGCAGUAUUGUCACGCUGCAGUAUUGCAGCUGUGGUCGGAAAUCCGAACGUUACGUUUAAUUAACCCCUGCCACUUAUGAAUGAUGACCGCCCAUACUAACGUAAAUAGAAACGGACUCCUCGAACAUGAACUCUUUAAGCUGGCCAUAUAUACACACUAAGGGUAUGCCUGCGCAGUUUUAUCAACUGCACAGGUAAAACGGAGCGUGUGUGGCGUUCGACUGUAGGUACAGUUUCCUAUAGAGGUUUACUUUUGCAGUUUAACUGUACAGGCAAAACUGCGCAGACAUACCCUAGUGUGUAUGGCCAGCUGUAGGAUGCCAAGUUCUGGUGACAGUGCAGUUAUCAAAUCUGACCAUUACAACCGAAUAUCGGGUAGAGAUUUUUCUACAUCGAAUACCUUUCCUAAAAUAUCAACAGGAAAUUGUAUUGGAGGAGACAGGGACACUGCAUUCCAGUAAAGUGCCCUGCGUUUUUGUAGACAAGACCUGUUAGCAGGCAUCACCGGAAGUUAGUAAUCUGUCUACGCCAAAAUUUACAAAAAUAUUGCCACGAGCGUGACAUUACGUUCGUGGUCACAGGCAGACUGGCGAGGAAUUGUAUCAACAUCUUGCUGCGCGGGUUUUGCUGCGGGGUAAACGUAAGUUUACGCGAUUAAGUCCCGUAUUCGUUUUAAAACUAUGAACGAAAAUCGUGUUGGUUGAAAUCAAUAUAUCUGGGGAAAAAUGUUAGAAAACUGUUUCCACUUUUUAGCUGUGAUACCUAUUUAUUUUGGUAAUUAAAGCAAUAAAACAUACAUUCACGUUUAAACUUCUAAAAAAUAAUAUCAAUAUUCUGAUCUUCAACAACGUCCGUAUAGAAAAGCCAAAGUUGAUAUAAUUAAUCUGAGUGCAACAACUGUCCCCGAAAAUUCAGAACAUGGACCCCCACACAUCGCACCCGUUUUUGCCUGCGCAGCUGUCCGUCUCCUUGGACUUAAACGGCUGGAAAAAAGUUCAGACAAAAAGAACUGAAUGUGCAAAAAAAAAGAAUUCAUUGGUCGGGGUCGGAACCCGGAACCUCGUCAUCUGAACCAAAGAGCAUAUAAUCACUACGUGAUCUGAACCACGAGUGGAUGUCGGUGAGACGAGUACGAUGAAAUAAGCUGUUUAUUCUCGAGUAAAACCUAAAUAUCUAAUUACGCUCUAAACCAGCGUUCUAAGAUAUAUAUCUGAAUUUUUCGCAAAGCACUCUAUAAACAUUUCUCACAAGAAAGAAACUCUGUUAAUAUCAAUACAACUGUUUGUUUAGGCGCGACGUACCAUGACUCCGCCAUUUUGAAAAAUUUCCAAAAACUGGAUCGACAAAAAAAACUAUUCAAUCAUAGAAUAUAGUCACAAGUUUCACGCGAAUCGGUUGUUAAUUGCGACGAAAGCAGAUUGCCUGAGUCAAAACGUAGACCUUCGCUUACGCUUCGGUCAAUAAUAGUACUUAACAUAUUCUUAUUCUAAAUAAUUAUAUGUUAUUUAACUUUCAAAAAACUCUUGCAUGUUAUGGAUCCAUUAAAUUACGUCAUCUGUAUUGUAGCUUGGUUUAAAAGUUAGUAAGUUGAUAUGCAUAAAAAUAUAAUAGUAAAAUAGUAUGUUGUGAAGACCACUACAUACUAAAGAACAAACAAGGAACAACAGUCAUUUCAAGAUAACAAAUACUUUCCUUUAUUAUGACAAUUAUUAUAUUAUAUAUAAAUUAUAGUCAAAUCCAUUGUUGUUUAUUUACUUAUUUAUUUUUGUAGGAGAACUUAGGAUAAACGGAGUUGACUUUUACAAAGAACUGGAACAUGGCUUUAAAGAUUAUACUGGUUACGGAACGGAGUGGAUUUUCUUUCCGGACGGUGCUGGUAAACCUCACUUCGUUAAUUUGACUAUGCCUACAUCGAUACAGCUGCGUAGUAGACAAAAAAAGGAGAUAGAAUACAGAUUAUACACCAGGGAACUAUCCGACUACAUAAUUUUAGAUCAGUCAGCGGAACCACCCAAGGGCACUGACAUACGAAAACUAUUGUCCAACAAACCAGUUAAAUUGGUAACACAUGGCUGGAAGUCUUCGGCAGAGAACAGCGUGGUCAUGGGCAUCAAAGAAUCCUACUUGAAAAAUAAAGACGUUGCUGUUAUAGGCAUUGACUGGAGUGACACAGCGAACGACUAUCUUUAUCCGUUGGUUGCGGAAUACACAAGGGACGUGGGAGCGUAUGUCGGGCAGUUUCUGGAUGCUUUUUGCUAUCUCUACAAUGUGUCUGGCGAAAGGUUGCAUUUGAUCGGGCAUAGCCUCGGAGCACACGUUAUGGGGAUUGCUGCAUCAAAAACGAAAGUAACGAUAGGAAGGAUCACCGGCCUUGACCCGGCACGACCUUUGUUUGAGUUCCCGAAGAAGCCAAACGCGUUGUCCCUGGACACAUCAGACGCAGAAUUUGUGGAUGUGAUCCAUUCAUGCAGCGGUGUUCUUGGCGUCCAAAAUCCUAUCGGCAAUGUAGAUUAUUACCCUAAUAGAGGCACACCACCUCAGCCUGGUUGUGAGAGCAUUUUUUUUCUCCUAGAGGCAUGCAGCCAUGCGAGAUCACACAUCUACUUUGCCGAAUCUAUUGGUAAUCCUACUGGUUUUCCUGCUUGCUGGAGCGAAAAUUGGACGGAUUAUCUUAGUGACACUGAAUGUAUACAGCAAACGUACAUGGGAGAGAAUGUCGAUCGAAAUGCAACGGGGCAGUAUUACUUGAAAACAAAUGCUAAGGAACCCUACGCUAGAAAUAUUAUCUAAAACAAUUAGACAUCAUAUCGUGUUAGUGAUGUGAUAUAAGUAACCACUCUUUCAUAUUAUAAAGGGGCAGUUUCGAUGUUCGCGUUUAGUGGUAGGCCUCUGUAAGCAAACCGCCUUGAUGCAUCAAUGUCGUCGUGAAAACUUCUAAAAUAGGUAACUGAUUAGGUACUUUACUACCUUACUAACUUAGCAACUUUGAUUUUCCCAAAAUUCGGUAGGGAUUAAAGUACUUACUUGGCCCCUACUUUUAAACACAAUGCUGUAUAAUUUGUUGAACGAAUUUGAAUAUAUAUAUAUUAUAUAUGUAUUAUAGAAAUACGAAAAGCACAAAAUAGUUAGAACUUAAUACUUAGAAGUAGUCACUAACUAAAAAUCGCCAUGUCAAUAAAACUAGGCCAACUUCUGGAACUUGAAUCUUAUAAAGUUCUUAACCGAUUUUGAUACAGUUUCUGAUAAGAAAUAUGUUUGACUUUAUCGUAAAGUACUUAUUUGCAGAUAUUUUCCAACGUGGAAGACACUACUUUAAAAAUAAAGCGUCAAAGGUUUUUGUUUUUAUUUUAUAAUUAAACACUGUACCUAUUUCUUUUAAGAAAAAUGUGUUUUUUUUUACCCUCAUCAAAGUUAUUCUCUUUUUUGACAUAAACUUUAUCUUAAUCGGAUAAUACGUGAAACUUGUAAAAAAAACAACGGGUUGCACUCCGCGAGUGCCGGCAGAAGUGAAAACUUGAAUAUUAACGUUGUGCAUUUUUGAUAUUUUGGAAUGGUUAAUAGGGAAUAAUUUUGCACGAAUUGCUUUAAUCAUCAGUAUAAAAGUACUAUCAUUUAUGGGGUAAAAUACAAUAUUGAUUUAUUGCGCUAUCGUACAUAAACAUGACAAUUUAUAUUACAUAUAAAAUUUAACACUUCAGAGAACUAUUACAAUUAUUUAACAUUAAAAAGUUUAUCUCUCAGAAAUAUCAACUUCCAUCCAUAAUUUAACGACUCUUACACCAUCAUCAUUACUAGAGCCAUCAUGGAGUUUUACAAAUCAGGUCAUGUGUCCGUCCAAAGAGCAUAAUAAUCACUACGGUUAGUCCGUCUUGUGAAUUUUCAAUCUGACGAAUCUGUCGGUCACGUGACCUGUCGCGAGUUUAACAUUUUUCCCCAUCACAAAAAGUGCACAGCGCCGCUAAAGAAGUUUACACUUCAAAAAUCUAUAGGUACUGGGCUAAAACCACGAAAAUCGAAGUUCGUCAAUUGCGGGCAUUUCUGUCACUGUAAUUACGUAUUUGUGGGAGUAAAAGAGAAAGAUCCCCGCAAUUUGCGAAUAUCGGUUUUCGCGGUAGGCCCCCUGAUCUCUGGGCUAUAACCGCGAAAAUCGUAAUUCGUCAAUUGCGGGCAUUUUUCUCUGUCACUCUAAUUAGGGCUUAGUGAGAGUAAAAGAGAAAGAUCCCCGCUAUUUGCGAAUUUCGGUUUUCGCGGUAGGCCC